UUUUCAUAGAAUAUUUCGAAAUUGGGAAUCCAGCACGUUAAUUCCGCAUUUUCUGCAAUGUAGGCGACAAUAAGGGCACCAUAUAACACGCAAAGGACUAUAAUACCUCUUGUCACAGCUUGGUACUUCGACCGCGGGCCACAAAAAUUAACCCACAAUAUUCCACUCGGCAACGUCAGGGCUUUCAUUGAUUUCUUGUGUACUACGACGGCAGACACGUCGAGGUGCCCGUGAGAACAGUGUCAGGAGAGCGAGGUACAAUUCCAUCUUUGCAGAGCUGCGCUGGAGGACUUGGUGGUUGUGCAGAGAGGUUUUUUGCGUGUAUGAUGGGCGCAACGGCUGGUUGGCCACAAGAUAGUCCCCCUAACGAUUCACACUCUUCCGGCCCAGCGACCGCAGUGGGAAGCGUCCCAAUAAGCCUCGAUCAGUAGUGGCCCACUGGAGCGGCCCACUAAAGCGGCCCUCAGUUGCGGCCCACUGACCCGACUAACCUCCGCUCUCCUCACCCGCGCCGCAUGCAACAAUGGCGACAGAUGCGCAGCGGCGGCAGUUAUGUCCGCGGCUGCUGGACUACAUGGUGGUGGUCGGGGCGCGCACUCCCGGCAGGGCCGCCCCCGUGCAGCCCCCUGAAUUGCUCCGGAGGUAUCCCCCAGACGACCACAAGGACUUCCCCUUGCCACUGGACGUGAUAUACUUCUGCCAACCUGAAGGAUGCAUUUCUGUCGGACCCAGGAAAACGUCCUUGAGGGAGGCUUCGUCUUUCGUCUUCACCCUCACCGACAAGGACUCUGGCAAGACGCGUUAUGGCAUCUGCGUCAACUUCUAUCGCGCUGUAGAGAGAGGGUCAACCAGUGGUCCGACUACGACUCGAGGUCGGGAUCGCGGGUCAUCCUUCAAGCGGGAGUCUUGGAGGACCAGCUUAGACAAGAGCUCGGACUCUGCGUUUUCAAGUGACCAGCGGUCCACCCUGGCCCCCAGCGACAGCGAGAGGGAGUGCCCGCCCUCGCGCCGGGACUCCUCCUCGACGUCGCCCGCCUCUCGCCUGGGGGUGAAUGUGCCCGCCAACGACUCAGACACCGGGGGGUCGCACUCCCCCUCGCCCCGCGCCGCCAGGAAGAGACAGCGUGUCCGAAAUCACUCUCUGACAUCACUGUGCAUAAUAUCCCACCACCCAUUCUUCAGUGCAUUCAGAGAGUGUCUAUUUCUCCUGCGCCGCAUGAUAGAUGCUUGCAAUGAAAAUGCAUCUCCGAGAAGAGUUGGAGCUUCACGCCAAAAUAACAGGGACACAGUGUGGAGUGUUAUGACAGGUCGACCACAUGAAGGGGUUUCUAGUGUUGUUAUGCAUGAUGUUAGGGAGAUUGAGACAUGGAUCCUGCGAUUGUUAUCUGCUCCAGUUUGUGUACCAGGAAAAACCAGAGUUGAACUGGAAUUAUUGUCAAGAGACUUCCAACCACCCUUAACCUUUGCAUUGCCUGACCACACUAGGUUCUCCCUGAUAGAUUUUCCACUCCAUUUGCCUUUGGAACUGUUGGGUGUUGACUCUUGCAUCACUGUACUUGAACUCAUUAUGCUUGAACAGAAGUUGGUGUUACAGUCACGUGACAACAAUGCAUUGUCCAUGUCGGUGCUAGCCUUUGUAGCCAUGAUCUAUCCACUGGAAUACAUGUUCCCUAUCAUUCCACUUCUGCCAACUUGUAUGAGCUGCUCAGAACAACUUCUCCUAGCACCCACUCCCUUCAUUAUUGGCAUCCCAGCCUCUUUUCUCCUAUACAAAAAGCAUUUUAGCUUGCCAGAUGAUGUAUGGUUGAUUGACUUAGAUGCCAAUAAAAUAACAGCACCACCACAGUGUGAUGACAUUCCUCCUCUGCCAGAACCUGAGUGUACCAUACUGAAGAACCACCUUAAGCAAGCCUUAGCAAGCAUGUCACCUCAGCCACCUCCUCGCAGCCUUGAGGACAUGCAUAAAGACAAGGGGCAUCAUCAUCAUCAUUCCCAGAGUGGGAACUACAAUCUCUUUAUCUAUGGUAAUGAUGUGGAUUCAGUGGACAUUGCAACGCGUGUUGCUAUGGUUCGUUUUUUCAACUCGCAGAAUAUCCUAGCCAAUUUCACAGAACACACACGAACACUUCGUCUAUACCCACGUCCAGUGGUGGCUUUUCAGAUAAACUCUUUCCUAAGGUCAAGACCACGAGCAACACCCUUCCUAAAUCUGUUUGCUCGUACACAGGCAGUGGAAUUUCUCGCAGAAUGGGCUCUUACCCCAUCUAAUAUGGCCUUUCUAAGAGUAAACACAGGCGUAUGUGACCCAGCACUCAUUGGUGAUAAAAGUAAAUGGUAUGCCCAUACUCUGGAGCCAAUGACUUUCAAGGUUUGGCAGGAAGGUAGCUCUCUUGGUACGACACUCAGAGCAGGCACACAGAUUGAAAAUCCACCUACAGAUGAGAGUGGAAGUGAUUCUGAAGGGGGUGAGAGCACCAGUAGUUCAUAUUCAUCACUUAGUGACUUUGUAUCAGAGAUGCAAGUGUCAGAUCUGUCUCCAGGUUGUGGAGCAGCAACAGAAAAGGAAAAGGCCACAUUGUCUUCAGGACUGGACCCAAGAUCAGUGUUCAAUCCACCUUUCUGUCUCCAGUUACCAGGUGCAGCUUCUUCAGAUUCAGCACUGAGCCACCCGGGAUCCAUGUCUACAUCCUCUUCACGGUCAUCAUUAUCCUCUGCUGACCAGAGAGAUGAUGACGAUGAUGAAGAGACUGGUGAGGGUGUGAUGAAACUGGAAGAUGCUGAUAAACUCAUUGCAGCUACACCAACGCUACAUCCCCUUCCUCUGCGGACAGAGGCACUGGAGAAAAAUGAUGAAGUAUUCACCCCAGAAAGCGACUCGGCAACCACCACCCCAAAGACAGUUGUGAGCAACAACCAGUCUCCACUCCCUCAUGUAAGCCCCACGCCUUCCGUCAGUAGUGAUGCUUCCAUAGCAACCUCCUCCUCAGAGCGCGACAGGCCCACCACUCCAAGACCUAGGACAUUUUCCAAGGGGGCUAGCCCAACACCCCAGAAGCAGAGUUCCUUCAGCAGCAUGCUGGCUCGUGCAUCUAGUCUUGGUUCAGGGAGUUCAGGUGGAGGACCCACUAGACAAGGGUCACAGAACUCAUUGUUGGAUCAAUUUACUUCUUCAGCCAAGGAACUGAUCAAAGAGAGGCAGAGCUCACAGGAGGGAUCAUUUCUUUCACAAGUAGACAAGUUAACGGAACAGUUCCGUACUCAAGUUACGGAAAGACUGGAAGUUGUGAAGCAGAGUAGUGGAGAGGAAGGAUCUCUGUUCAACCAGAUGGAUAAGUCCACCAAUGAAGCAAGUGGCCAACCCCAGAAGGAGAGACAGGAAGAGGCUCCAUCCUUCUCAAGUUUGGCUGACCAGCUGACUGUGCAGGCCAAACGAGCAGCUGAAGAAGCCUCGAAAUCAGUGUCAGUUGCAAGCAAGCAAGCUAUUGAGGCCAGUAAACAAGCACAACAGGCCAGCAAAUCAACCCUAGAUGACAUAUCCUUCAUGGGGAAACAUACCUUUGGUGAUAUUACCAAAACAGCCAGAGAGGCUGCAAAGGGUAGUUUUUUCAAUAAAGUGAGCUUAAAGGCUCUUGAACUUCGGGAAUCUUCCAUUGAAGGGAAAAUUUCUGGAAUUAGCACAGCAGUUGGUAGUGGUACACAUGGUGCUGUGUCUGGAGGGGUAACAGGAGGAACUAGUACACUUGGACCUGGUGUAAGAGCACCACCUGCAGCAGGCAAUCCACCUCCUGUUCCUCACAGAACACCACCUGGAACAGUGCCUUCAGCAUCUCCACCUGUGCAUCCCAGGGGGCAACCACCUGUGCCUCCUCCAAGGUCACCUAAGCCAUCACUUCAAAGUCAAGCAGCUAUUCAGGCUCCAUUUCCACCACAGCCUCAAACUAGCCCUGCUCAUGCACAGCCCCCUAGUAGGAAUGGUGCAUCUCCUGGGCGACUGUCUGUUGUCAGCAGUUCAGGAGGGAGCAGUAUAGGUGGUCUAGAUGUAACUAGUACUGGAAGCAUCAGUGGUAGUAGUGGACUAAGCAGCAGUGGAGGAGGAAUUAGUACACGGCGGCAAAGCAGUGCCAGUAGCACAGGCGCUCGUUCUCCUACGAUGACCUCCUCCUCUUCACGAGAUUUUCUCACAAAUGUUAGCUCGGAGCUCAAUGAUUUUGCACAGCAGACUUCCAGUUUAUUUAGUGAUAUUUUUGUAGAAAAUGGCCAUGGCAGUUCACCCAAGGCAGAAGUACAGCCAGCUAGAAGACUAAGCCGUUCUCUAGUCCGUUCAAGAGGGCCAGGGAGUCGCAGCGUCAGUCCCUCCAACCUUGGUGUGGCAUCCUCCAGGACCAGGGAGAGGGCGCAGCCUUUUGGACCCUUCCCUAAAGGACGAAAGGGUCUCGUAGAGAAGUCGUCUCUUAUUCGGCACUCUGUAUCUGCUCAGCGAAGAGCUGAACUCAAUAAGAUAGCAUCUAUAGAACAAAGAACAACUUCUGCUUCUGAAAACCAAGCUUUCUUGAAAGAUGUAUUAACACAGGUGAUAGAAGGUGAAGGCAUUGGCUGGCUGAAGUUAAAUCGUGUUCGUAAAUUAAUGGAAGAUGAAAGUUACAGAAUGCUUGUUGUCUCUGGCCUAAACCGCACACUUGAGAGGAAAAUUGGUCCAGAUGAUCAUAUUGAUGAUGUUUGCAUUAAAAAACCUGUUUGGAAAGGUAUGUUGAAACUUAUAAAUGCUGUAGUUGCUGGCUUGGAAGUAACUUACAACAGCUUCAGUGGUGGAGGGACCUCAUCUGCUCUUCAAGCAUUAGAAAUAUCUCACACCCACUACUGGAGCCGUGAUCUCUCUGACCCUCAUGUCCUGGACAUGUCCGGGGGCUCUUCUGCUCUCUCUCAGUCUUCCAGUCCUUUGGGCAGCCUUGAGAAUCUUCGAUCUCCCGGAAGUCCCAGAGGGUCACCACUUCCUCCUCACUCUCCACAGCCACCUUUUGAUGGGUCAGAUUGCUCUAGGAAAUCUUCUCAGUCUGACAGUGCAUUUUUGUCAUCAGGCCCUCGAGUGGUACAUGAUCCACUACGCUCACCUGACACAGAGGGAACUGACACAGCCACACCAGAUGUUCUGCGAGAUCUUCUUGUUCAAAAGAGACAUGUUUUAUUGUCAAAACUUCAGUCACAGGAAUCCGAGACAGGGGACACUCUGCAAGGGUCUGAAGGCCCACCCUCUUGUGGUGCUAGUGACACAGGCUCCAUUAUCACCAACCCUGCCUUCCAGAGACAGCGACCAUCUCACCAGUCAUUCCGAUCUACAGUCUCUGAUUCAGAGAUUGAACAAGGGAAUUUUCACAGAGGAUCUAAGAGAACAUCAAGUAUGUGGUCCAGCAAGUCCUCCCUGUCAACUGGGUUUAGAUAUCAUGCUGGUAACAUGAUUCCAACCUCUACUACUCCUUCACCGGACUCAGGCAGAACAUACCUCUUUGAAGGUCUAAUUGGUAAGGAAAGAUCACCUCUAUGGGACCAGAUGCAGUUUUGGGAAGAUUGUUUCCUUGAUGCUGUGGCUCAGGAGAGAGAUAUGGUUGGAAUGGAUCAAGGACCCAGUGAGAUGAUGGAGAGAUAUAAUAGUUUGAGUGAGAGUGAACGAAAACGCCUUGAACAUGAAGAAGAUCGUUUACUAUCAACAAUGUUGUAUAAUUUAGUAGCUUUUAUGGUGAUGGUGAAUGUGCGUAAAGAAGACAUCAAGAGAAAAGUUCGAAGAUUACUUGGGAAAUCCCAUAUUGGUCUUGUCUAUAGCCAGGAAGUCAAUGAACUUCUUGAUCAAAUAAACAAUCUGCAUGGAAAUGACAUUGACCUGAAACCUCUGGGAUCCCGACAAAUGCAUCGUCAAAGUUUCACUGUUCAUGCUGGCACUGAUGCAUCUGGUGACCUCUUAUUUUUGGAAGUGAGAGAUGAUGGUCUGAUUCUUCGGUCAGUGGGUGGUGUCAUAGUCGAGAGAUGGUGGUUUGAAAGGCUAGUCAAUAUGACUUAUUCUCCCAAGAAUAAGGUCCUUUGCCUGUGGCGACGCAACGGUGGUCAAACACAGCUACAUAAGUACUACACAAAGAAGUGUAAAGACCUCUACUACUGUAUAAAGGAGGCAAUGGAACGAGCGGCUGCAAGAGGUGUAGGGGCCCUGCCAGGUGUAGAGCUUGGAGGAGAGUUCCCUGUCCAAGACAUGAAGACGGGUGAAGGGGGCCUCCUGCAAGUGUGCAUGGAGGGCGUUGGGCUUCUUUUCGCCACCAGCAAGUUCUUUGUUCGGUUGGACCACAUCAGGAAGUGCUUCACUCAGAAGGGAGGAAUAUUUGUUUUGGAGGAAUAUAAUCCUAAAACACGUCAUGUUAUUCAGCGGAAAUAUAAAUCAGCAAUGGCUGAUCAGAUAUGCUAUGCUGUGCUUUGUGUGUUCUCAUAUGUGGCUGCAGGAAGUGAGCAGAAGAAAAUGGAGGUGGCUGCUGCUGCUGCAGCUGCAGCAGCUCAAAGGAAAUAGUAAAAUCUGCAGAUGACCUGAAAUGAUAUGACACUUUUAAGAUUAUGAAAUAUCUUUAUUCACUCAGACUUUAAUGAGAACUCAACUACAACUGAUACAUUAUAAUUUUUUUCUUCUUCUUUUUCUUUUUCUUUGAGGACAUAUAUUCAGACUUCAUUAAGUUUGUUUGUAUGUCCAGCACUAUUUCAUAAUAUUAAGGUAUUAUGAGAUAGUAUUACCUAACUAAAUGAAGACAGAAGCUUUAAAGUAACUUCCUUCAAAUUAUGUAUUCUAGCAUUUAUCAAUCUGGUGUUAUUUUAUCUCACUCUUUCCCACCAAGUCUUGAUUUUCAUUUAUGAUUUUUUUAAUGACUUGGGGUAGAAAAAAUAUUUUCAUAGACACUGGUAUUAUACUGGUGCUUAAAGUAGUAGCUAUUAUAUUGUAGAAUACUUAAUAAUUUUUACAAUAUAUAUGUUUUAAUGUUUAGGAAAUUAUGU